AUGACCUCCCAGUCCGCAGGCACGCAUAGAGGAUUGGUCGUGCAUCUGGGGGGCAAGUCCGCAGUCACUCUGUUCGUUCUGAGCCUCAUUGCAUUCGUUGUGGAGACGCAACUAACUCAGUACGUGCAAGUAGACCUUGGCUAUCGACAGCCAUUCCUUAUAUUCUAUAUUGUCCAUGCGUCCUUCGCCAUAAUCCUGCCCUUGCAUUUCGUCUUUCUUCGAUUAACCACGAAAAUACCGCUUCGGGCUUACUGGGCUGGUCUUGUGCAUGCACUGCAGCAGCACCUCCAUCCCUCGUCCUCCGCACUGCAGGCCGCAAGCUUUCCAAAGUGGCAAUUUGUGCGGUUCCUGUUACUGUUAACAGCGGGCGCAAAUCUUCCGGGAUUGCUAUGGUUUAUGGCUGUGUCGCUCGCGCCAAUCACGGAUGUGACUGCGCUAUGGAACACUAAUGCUUUCUUCGCGUACAUCUUAUCGGUCAAGCUAUUCAAACUGAAGUGGGAGCCUCGGCGUCUGGCGGCGGUAAUCCUUUCUAUAGUCGGUGCGACCGCCGUCGUGUAUGGCGGCAGUGGCACCAGUCCAGACAAGGGAGAAUCAGCCUCCAUGCCGAACAAGCUUGAGCGUGCCCCGGAGCCGAGUGCGAGCGCGCCGCUUAUAGGGGACCUAUUGACGCUCUCUGCCUCUAUUCUGUACGGGGCCUAUCAGGUCCUAUACAAGAUCUAUGCCGCUCUUCCCAAUGAUCCGGAAGUUCUCGAUACCGAGAAUGAAGCGUACGCGCCGCUCACAUCUCCGUACGAUGAAUUGAGUGAAGAGGAGAGCUCAUUUGCGGAAACUGAACUUCCUGAGGCGGCGUUGCUGCAUCCCCCUCCAUUCGGCCUCUAUCCGAACAUGCUCACCUCCGCGAUUGGGGUCUGUACGUUCCUAGUCCUGUGGAUACCCAUUCCCUUUCUGCAAUUCUUCGGUGUCGCCCGCCUUGCGCUACCUACAACCGCAAGGCAGGCGCUAGUGAUUGCCGGGAUAGCUUUGAGUGGUGUCGUUUUCAAUGCAGGCUUCAUGGCAAGUAUUCUUCUCGGAUUCUGGGGACCAAUCGUGACCUCCGUCGGAAGUUUGCUCACCAUUGUGAUGGUCUUCAUUUCGGACAUCGUAUUUGGGGGCGCAGUGGACACAAUAACGGCAUGGAGCCUGGUAGGAUCCGGAAUCAUUGUGGCGGCGUUCGCAGUUCUGGCAUACGACAUGAUGAUGCGGCGACAUUGACGCCGCAGGAAUGCUGAGCACCGCGGAAGAGUACGAUCGCCGAAGCGUCGUCCUGAUGUCACAGGGCUGGGUCGCAUCGCGUGCCAUGAUGAUGCCACCACACGUCGUUGGGUGGGCGUGAUGCAUGUUUUCACAAUGUAGCUACAGCACAAAUGAAGCGAAUAAUGGACCU